CUAAAGAAGCUUCUUUUCUGCAUCAACAAAAACCAGCCCUUGCAGAGCUAACCAGACUGCAUAUCUAUCUCUCUCUCUCUAGCCAUUCUCCUGGUCUCGUUCUUGCUCCUCAACCUUUUGCUGGUCUGUAUUUUUCAAGUUCUUUCAUCGUGAACAACUUUGAUGUCUAUUCCAAAAGAACAUGAUUACAUAGGCUUAUCAGAGAAUUCUCCCAUGGAAAGAAUCUCUGACAAGCUUUCCUCUUCCUCUUCUUCCUCCUCUACUCUCUCAACAGAAGAGAACAGCAACAUAAACAAGAAUUCUCUCAACCUGAAAGAAACUGAGCUCAGGCUUGGUUUGCCUGGGUCUCAGUCCCCUGAGAGAAAACCCUUGCCUGGAGUGUCUCUUUUUGGUAAAGAUAUUGAUACCAACACUAAUGGGUAUUCUCUUAGCCCAUUAAAGAAUUUAGUCUCAGGGGCUAAAAGAGGUUUCUCAGAUGCCAUUGAUGGGUCUUCUGGGAAAUGGGUUUUCUCUGUGAAUAAUGGAUCUGAUGCUGGUUUGAAUAAGGGGGCUGUGUUAUUUUCUCCCAGAGGUGAUAAUGGUAAUACACAGAAAUCUUCUGUAUGCGGACCAGCUAAGAAAGAGGUUGUCGGUGUUAUUACUCAAUCUCCAAAGCCGGUUCAAGAGAAGAACAGUCAAGUAUCUGGUGCAAAUGAGAACAAUAAUGCUCCUGCUUCAAAGGCACAAGUGGUAGGAUGGCCACCUAUUCGUUCGUUCAGGAAGAACACUAUGGCCUCUAAUUUGACAAAGAACAAUGAAGAAGCUGAAGGAAAAUCUGGAUUUGGUUGCCUUUACGUAAAGGUUAGCAUGGAUGGUGCACCAUACCUCAGGAAGGUCGACCUCAAAACCUACACCAACUAUGUGGAACUUUCAUCUGCACUUGAGAAGAUGUUCAGUUGCUUUACCAUUGGACAAUGCGGUUCCCAUGGAUUUCCAGGGCGAGAUGGCCUGAGCGAGACUUGUUUAAAGGAUCUGCUCCAUGGCUCUGAAUAUGUUCUCACAUAUGAAGACAAGGAUGGUGAUUGGAUGCUUGUUGGUGAUGUACCCUGGGAGAUGUUUACCGACUCAUGCAGGAGGCUGAGGAUCAUGAAAGGUUCAGAGGCAAUUGGACUUGCUCCAAGGGCCAUGGAGAAAUGCAAGAAUCGUAAUUAGUGUACAAGCAUCAUUAUUCAAGGAGGCUCAAAAACAAGUUUUCUGAAAUUCCAAGAAGCCUGAAGAGUGUGUAAAAGUUGAGUACUUUGCUCAUGAGCAGUAUAUGUUUGGAAAUGUCAUAAGUUUGCUUUUUUUAGUGAACUGGGGAAGAAAAAACUUUCUAGUAGACAGAAUGUCAUUGAAGACAAAUAUUUAGGGUUUGCUUAGUUUAAUUAUUCUCUUAGCUCUACUCUUUUCAUGUGUAUUUCAAGUUAUGUAAAUGAAUGGAUUGUUUAUAAACCAUCUUCUAUCUCCCUCUUUAAAUAAAGAAGAGUUUUAUUAGCUCUGAUCAAUACAAUGCUCAAUUACUAAAA